AUGAAGAUUUUGUGCGUGGUAUGUGAAGUGAGGGAGGCUACGGUUUGGUGUUGCGGAGACGAAGCACCUCUUUGUUAUGGUUGUGAUCAGAAUGUUCACACAGCUAAUAAGCUGGCUUCCAGACAUCACAGAGUUUCUCUUGUGGAAACUACAUCAUCGCCUAAGUGUGAUAUUUGUCAGGAGGCGGUGGCUUUCUUUUUUUGCCGAGAAGAUCGAGCUUUGCUUUGUUCACGAUGUGAUCUCGCCGUCCACUCCUUGAACAUUUAUGUCUCAGCUCACCAGCGCUUUCUAGUUCCUGGAGUGAAAGCCGAGCUCGAGCCAAUCAAACAGAGUCAAGUCACUCCCUCACCAGUGAAAAAAUGUGCUGAAAAACAAACGUCUAGUAAAAUGGUGCCAAAGGCAUGUCCUGUUGAACAUGUCCAGCCCGUUACAAAUAUCGCGACUAACAGGCUGGCUUCUGCUGAAGCCUGUGUAUCCGAAGAUAUCCGGGAGCGGGAACUCAAUGAUAUCUUCGGAAACACAGGCUUCCUAAAAGCCUGGAUAGCUGAUCAUAACGAGAACUCAAGUCAGGGUAAUUUAGAUAGCUCAUCAGCAGGGGAUGAAAAUGACAGCUUGAUUAGAGCCUGGACAGAGGAACCAAGUCAUGCCUGGGCGGUUCCAGAGCUCAUAUCUCCACUGUUGGACACAGUCGAAUUGGAUUCGGCUACGGUGUGUGUUCCUGACGUUUCCUACUCCCUUGUGAACGAUAAUUACUAUCCAUUCCAGGAAAAUGGAUCCGGUCACAUUGAGACUGGUUCACAAGGGAGAGAGGACAAUAGUUAUGAGUAG